AGCUCAGAAUACUGAGGAACAUUCACCCACCGCCAUGUGUUUCCUGUAGCGAGAAUGUGUGUAAACACCAACUUUGGUUGCAUCAUAAAAUAACAGUAUUUAGUAUUCAGUAUUAUAUAUAACCGCUUGAAAAUGCUGCUGUUUUGUCCAACCUGUGGGAAUGUGUUAAUCGUGGAAGAGGGGCAGAAAUGCUUCAGAUUCGCGUGUAAUACGUGUCCAUAUGUGCACAACAUCACCAGGAAGGUGAAUAACAGAAAGUACCCCAAGCUGAAGGAGGUUGAUGAUGUUCUCGGGGGCUCUGCUGCUUGGGAAAAUGUGGAUUCCACUCCAGAACCUUGUCCAAAAUGUGAGCACCCAAGGGCCUACUUUAUGCAGAUUCAGACUAGAUCUGCCGAUGAACCAAUGACAACCUUCUACAAGUGCUGCAAUAUACAAUGUGGGCAUCGUUGGAGAGAUUAAAUCAGAGACCUCGGUUUCUGACUUUGAGGCUCAGAAUAUGUCCUCAUAAUAGAAUAUACGGUUUUCAUCAGAAGAUUUUAUAUUUAUUUCUUGGAGCCAAAACGGUGGCUUUUAUUUGGAUUAAAAACCAGACACCAUUUAUGCAUCAACUACUUUAUUUUCACUAUUAUGAAAUGUGAAUGCAUCAUUAUGACAGUAACUACAUAAUUUACAGCUUGGUUGUUCUGGCAUGAUGACUGUGUGUGUGUUUGUGCGUGCGUGUGCAAGUAAAAAAACAACUUCUCAUAUAUAA